AUGUACAGGCUCGGUGCAGCGAUGGAGACGCUGGGCUUUGCGGCAGGCGCGCACGAGUGGUACGGCCGAGCGGCCGCGGUGCUGCGACGGGCUGGUUGUGGACAUGACCAAGCGCUUUCGCAGGCGGAAGCCGCGGAGCGACGUGCGCGCGGUCGUGUCGACGAGACUUCGGCCGCACAGCUCGAUCAGCAGCGCGAGCUCGCCUGGAGGGCGGUGUGGGGCACCAGCAGAGUGCCGCCCACAAUGACAAUACACCCCCGGGUGGUGUCUCGCGUCACGCCGGAGCGAGGUCGAGAGCUUUCGCGCGCGGUCAAAAUGGCGGAUGCGACUUCGCAGGUCUGGCUGCGCGAAGACCCGGCGUGUGCAGUCGUCGCCAAGUCAUUGCGCAGUGCCCUGUGCCACUUCUGUCUGCGCGAGCUGCCAGGACACAUGCGCCGUGACGGCGACCCCGCCACGGCCGCGCGAUCCUGCGCCGUUCCGUGCCCUCGUUGCGCGGUGCACUGGUACUGCUCUCCCGCGUGCCUGACAGCAGCGCUGACAUCAGCGUGGGCGGAGCGGGAGUGCGGCCGGCCGUUCAGCGCGCUGCUGCCCGAGGAAGCGCUGCUCGCUGGACGGCUUGCGGUCGCGGUGCACAGCGCGCCGAGGUCGGGCGUGCAGGGUGAGUGGCCAGGCGAACGGCUUUUUCGCGACAGGGGUGUUGCCGGAAGCGCGGACUGGGCGCGUUGCGUCGAGUCCCUGCAAUCAGACUCUGGAGUCAAAGAUCUUGAGCAGAGGGUGCGGGACGCAACGGUCGCCGCGGUCGUCGCGCGAUGCUACGAGCUCCGCACAGAAGGGGAGGGACUCGCAGCGACGACGCAGGUGCUCUCCAUGCUCGGACGCAUCGAAGUCAACGGCGUCUCGGUUCAAAGCGCAGCACGAUGGCCGCCCGUCGGGAGCCGCGGCAUCGCGCUGUACCCCGCAGUGGCGCUUUGCAAUCACUCGUGUCUUGCAAAUGCAGAACUCGCCUUUUCCGACGACUUCUGCGUCGAACUGCGCAGCCUCUCGUGCAUCGAGGCCGGGCAGUGCGCGAUCAACAUCUCCUACGGCCCGCAGGCCGGCGAGUACCCGACGUAUCUGCGACGGAAGCUGCUGCACCUGCAGUACGGUUUCUGGUGCCGAUGCGACGCGUGCUGCGCUGCCGAGGCCCCGGCGAGAGACACAACCGAGGACGCCGACGUGUCGGACCCGGCGGACGUGAUUGCGAUGACACGAGCCCUCGUGAGCUCUCUGCAGUCGCUAGGGCAUGUGUCGUCCUCCUCCGAAGCUCCCGAAUCCGAAUCCUACCUGCGCCGCCUGCCGAACAUCGAGGCACAGAUGCUGGCGCUGCGGUGCGUCGGCCGGUGCGGUGGAGCAGGCACGAUGACGUGCGACGUUCGCGCCGCAUGCGACGCUGCGGUGCCUGCCAUGCUUGCGAUGCGCGCCACUGUCAGGCGCAGGCUUUCGCCGACAGAGGAAACCCUCGCACUGGCGCGUGCGUCGAGCGACGCGGCCCUCUGGCGGGACGCCCGGGUCUGCGCAGGGUGUGGGGGGGGUCUUGCAGACCAUUCUCUGCUCCGCAGCAGACUCGCAGCCCUCUGCCAAGCCGUCGACAUGUUGUCGCGGAUCGGCGAGGCUCCGGACCCCGACCGCGUCACUGCGGAGCGCCUCUUGCAGGAGGUGAUGGCUUUUCUUCAGGGGGGUGUGUCGAACUUGUCCCCGGGGCACAUUGCACACCUCGACCUGUGGAACGAGGCCGCGACUCUCGCGCAGGCCACAGGGCGCUUCGACGACAGCGCUGCGGCGUGCGUGCAUGCUGCGAUCUGCAUCGCACGUUGGCACCCCCCGCGCUCGUCCGCCGUGGUUCACGCCGUACAACGCUGCGUGGACGCGAUGGGGCAUCCUGACGCGCGCGCAUACUCGGCCGCCGCGGCGCGGACGUCGGGCACAUGGCCGACAUCAGCUUCUUCUGCGAUCGCGGGCGCGGCGCCGGGCUCGCGGAGCAUGCAAAUGCUGCAUGUGGCGAGGCAGAUGCUGCUCGCCGCUGUUGACUGGGCAAGAAGCGAGGACAGAGGCGCAGGACAGGACAGGGGAAGAAAGAAAGGGGCGGCUUAG